AUGUCCUCCUCUUCCUCUGAAUACCAACCUGAUGUGGUCCCUGCAGUGCUGCUGUCCAUCUGCUUCCUGCUGGGAGUUCCUGGAAACAUCGCUGUGCUUCUUCUCAGACCAAACUUUCAGCAUUUGUCCAGCCUCAGCCAGAGUUUGAUGUUAAAUCUGGCUUUUUCAGACCUGCUCUGUCUGCUGACCCUCCCUCUGUGGAUUUACGUUUUUUUCUACAGCUGGACCUUCGGCCUGGAAGUCUGCAAGGUGGUCAUUUACCUUGAAUACUGUAUCGUUUAUGGCAGCCAGCUGACUGUGACGAUGCUGGCCGUCCAGCGCUACCUGCUGGUUGUGCGCCUGAAGAAGUUCCUACAUCUUGGAGGGAAGAGGCUGCUGGUUCUGCUCUGGCUGGUUGCAGUGCUGCUGUCCAUUCCUGCUUUAGUGGUUCAAAAGCUGACCACACAUCAGGCCCCACAUCAGAACUGGUCAGAAUGCAUGCGUCACUACUCUCCUAAUACCCAGUGUGUGGCUGCACUGCUGACCGAAUCCGUGGCAGGAUUAAUUUUGCUUUUUGUCAUGGCGUUUGCUUACAUCCAGGUCUGCAGAAAGGUGAACCAGUCGGCAUUUUUCAACAACCCCCAGACAAGCAGACUGGUUACCAGCAUCAUUGUGACCUCUUUUGUCCUGUGGGUGCCGUAUCACACCCUGAAUGUGCUGGGUGUUGCUGCCAUUAUUGUCAAUAUCAAGAGUUUGUUGACAUUUCGCACAGAUGCAUGGAACACUGUUGUCGCUGCAACAUUUGUGAACAGCUGCCUGAAUCCACUCCUGUAUGCAUUUGCUUCUUACAAAAUGCGUCAAACAACCACAACAAAUAAUGCAGCUCCUGUCACUACAGAUGAAGAGCUACAAGAAUAA